AUGGCAGUGGCAAGCAGCCACGGCAUCCGGGAGGUGACGCCCCCGGGACCCACCGGAGCACGGCACGGCACGGCACGGCACGGCAUCGCCCUCCCCAUCCCGGCAGCUCGGGCCGGCCCGGGGGGGCUGGGGUUGCCCCCGCGGAGUGGACAAGGAGGAGCCCCCCGGCCGGGCUCCGCCGCCUCUUCCCCACCGCCGUCCGCGGCCGCAUCCCCCCGGGGCCGCCCCCCGCCGCCCCCCGCCGCCCGCACUCACCGGCCCGCGGCGGUGCCCGCUCCCACCGCCGCCGCCGCCGCCGCCGUGCCCCGGCCGUCCCGGGCCGUGCGCAGGAGCGAGCCGCCCCCCGCACCGCCUCCCGCGCCGCGACACACCGACCCCUAG